UCUGCAUUUUCCUGACGGGUUUGCAGAAUAUUCACAUUACAACUUCCGUGAUAUUUUUUUAUCGUUGUGUGUUCUCCUGGAUUCUGUGGCCGUUUUGCGGAUGGUUGAAGAUCUAGAUGCCUUCCAAACGUACGGAUUCGGAUAGACUGGACCCUUAACUGUUCGUCUGUGUCAUUCGCGGAGCGACUCGAGGCGAAAAUGGUGUAUUUUAACGGUUCUAUGAAGCUCAAAAUAUGCGAGGCAGUUGAUCUAAAGCCUACCAACUUCUCGACUCGCUUUGUGCAGAUGGGUCCCAACAAAGCACCACCCAUUCUCGACCCAUACAUCAACAUCGACAUCGACGAAGUGUUUGUGGCCCGGUCUUCUACAAAACCUAAAACGACAAAACCCGUAUGGAAUGAAGAUUUCACGUCGGAGGUGCACAACGGACAAAAUGUUAAUUUGACUGUUUUCCACGACUCCACGAUUCCGCCGGACGAGUUUGUUGCCAUCUGCACAAUCGCGUUUGAAGAUGUGAAGGAUAAGGGAGAUUUUUGGAUCGACUUGGAACCGAGUGGCAAGGUGCAUGUUGUGAUUGAGCUCAAUGGAUCGGCCUCGGAGGAAGCGCUGGACACUUCUGGUGCUGUCAUGCCACAAGAGAAGAAAGAAAGAGUAUUUAGAGAGAAAGAAGGAAUGCUGAAUCGUCGCAGAGGGGCUAUGAGGCGCAGAGUACAUCAAGUCAAUGGACAUAAAUUUAUGGCAAUGUUUUUCCCUCAGCCAACAUUUUGCUCACUAUGUAGGGAUUUUCUAUGGGGUCUGGGUAAACAAGGAUAUCAGUGUCAGGUGUGCACCUGUGUUGUGCACAAACGAUGCCAUCAGCACAUAGUCACAAAGUGUCCAGGUUCUCGAGAAAUACCUAAUGAUGAGGUGAGUGGUACACGGUUCAACAUCAAUGUUCCACACCGUUUUAAUGUUCACAAUUACAAGCGCCCUACCUUUUGUGACCAUUGUGGGUCUUUGUUGUAUGGCCUUCUAAAACAGGGCCUGCAAUGUGAAGUGUGCAAAAUGAACAUCCAUAAACGGUGCCAGAGAAAUGUGGCCAAUAACUGUGGCACUAACACACGUGGUAUGGCACAAAUACUUCAGGAAAUGGGAAUCUCCUGGGAAAAACUUGGCCAGACGAAGCGAAACAAGAAGCCAUCUAUUAGUGAGUCUCCCAACAAGACAUCGGCUGUAGCUCAUGGUCGCUCCUUUUCUUCACCCAUACCAGUUACACAAGACCAAGAAGAGCUAGAGGUCGGCCACACGGAGUACAAUUUGCCAAGUGGGGAGAAGGAGUUGAUGAACACUGAAGGUUUGCAUGCCGCAAAUGAUCAUGGAGGUUCACGCCCUCGCUCACCAUCAGCUGACCGGGUUAAUCUCCACCGGUUUGAUCUCAAGGACUUCAAUUUCAUAAAAGUCCUAGGGAAGGGCAGCUUUGGCAAGGUAAUGCUAGCUGAACGAAAAGGUACAGAAGAUGUGUAUGCUGUCAAGGUGUUGAAGAAGGAUGUAAUCAUUCAGGAUGAUGAUGUUGAGUGCACCAUGACAGAAAAACGCAUCCUUGCACUUUCUGCAAAACAUCCUUUCCUUACAGCGCUGUACUGUUCUUUUCAAACUAAGGAGCGUCUGUUCUUUGUGAUGGAGUAUGUCAAUGGUGGAGAUCUCAUGUUCCAAAUACAGCGUGCUCGUAAGUUCGAUGAACCACGUGCACGUUUCUACGCAGCAGAGGUCACGCUAGCUCUCAUGUUUCUACAUCGACAUGGAAUCAUAUACAGGGAUCUGAAGCUAGACAAUAUUUUACUAGAUGCAGAGGGACAUUGCAAGAUUGCAGACUUUGGCAUGUGUAAAGAGGGCAUGUUUGAGGGCAAGCUCACUCAGACAUUUUGUGGCACACCUGAUUACAUCGCUCCAGAGAUUCUUCAAGAACUGGAGUAUGACGCCUCUGUGGACUGGUGGGCACUGGGUGUCUUGAUGUAUGAGAUGAUGGCUGGGCAGCCACCUUUUGAAGCAGACAAUGAAGAUGACCUGUUUGAGUCAAUACUUCAUGAUGAUGUCCUUUACCCAGUUUGGCUAAGCAAAGAAGCUGUGUCUAUACUCAAAGGGUUCAUGACCAAAAACCCAGCCAAGCGGUUAGGCUGUGUUAAGUCCCAAGGUGCAGAAAAAGCCAUAUUUGUCCACACCUUUUUUUAUCAAAAGAUAGAUUGGGAGGCCCUGGAGCAGCGUAAAGUGAAGCCACCUUUUAAGCCAAAAAUAAAAUCCAAGGUAGACGCUAACAACUUUGACCGUGACUUCACAUCAGAAGAGCCAGUGCUUACACCGAUAGAUCCUGCAGUGGUGAAAGCAAUCAACCAGGAGGAAUUCAGAGGAUUUUCCUUUAUCAACCCUGACUAUGGCAAACUGCAGCUGGAUUGUGCUGGGCCUCACUAAAGUCAAUCAGUUGUGUCUGUACCAUAAUCCUCAUCAGCACUGCCUCCCCAGGCCCCCGAUAUCCUUCCCUCCCAUACACGCUACCAUUCUUUCCAUAGCUGUGUUUUCCACCAUUGUAAAUCUCACAUCAUUGACCACACUUGCAUAUUUGUGCAUGCAUGUGUUCACCCCCACCCAACACACAUACACACUUUCAUUUUCUCUCUCAGUACUUGUUCUUUUCUAGUACUCACAGUGCUGAUCUUUUCUAUCUAUUCUUUCAGUCUCUGAACUUAAAGAGGGCAUCAUUUAACCUGAUCUGAUUAUAUGAGUGUGUUAUGUCGGCUACUGGGGAAAUGUGUGCCAUCAAGUCUUCUAUGCCAUGCCCUUUAAAAAAAUCAAAACCUAUAGAUGUAAGAGGAUGAAAAUGUAUGCACAUUAACGCACAUGCAUCACACAGGCAUAUGUGUAGCUAGAAAACUGUUUCAGCAGCAGGCGUGACAUCCAUUUUAAAUAGAAUCUUACAGGAAGAAGACUCAGAUUUCAUGUUUUUCUCUAGGAGUCAUUCAUGGAUGCUAGUUCUUUUACUGCUUUGCAGCAUGGUUCUGAUUCCUAUUGUUAUGACUUUUAUCAGCUAGAGAUGUUUGUUUUGUGUGAAAUAGUGGAGUUCAGAGGAAUUAGCUUCCAACUUCUCUUUGUCCGACCUUUAAUGAUCAUGAUGUAUAAAUAUCUUAUAUAAACCUUUAUAGAAAUGCAAGUUUUUAAGCACAAAGUUGUUGAAUCUUUUGUGCCAUACAACCAUUUGUAUGUUCAAAUCACUGCACAUUAUUUUUAAGUGAAGUAAUAAACGUGUUUGACUUUGCAUUUUGAAAGUUGUUAAAAAGGGUCUGUCUCACUUUUCCUUUAAUUAUGUCAGAUAAGAGUAAGACUAAAUGCUGAUUGCUGUGCUUGGGCUUUGGGAAGGUAGCAUGCACAUUUUUGAUUUUUGUUACACUAGUUUUAAAGGAAAUGUGCUGCCAAAGGGUUUUGCUAAGUGAAGACCUUUUUCUCAUGAUGUUUUUAAAGUUUUUUACGUAUGGACUUGUGACACACAGUCCUGUUGGCUUAUCUGUUGGCCUGCCACUUAAAAACUUGCUAAAGACUUUAGGUGCAAACAGCCAACAACGCUUAGUCAUACCUACUCAGAAUCCAGGAUUACUGAGGUGUUUUUUUUUUUAGCUUUAAAAAAAUAUGCUGUAAACAUGAGCAGUUCAGCUUAAUUUUUUUAAAGACUUAUGAGCUUCUACAUAUGUCAAUUUUUGCUCUUUUUAUUUUUUUUAAUAGAAUGAGAUUAAAAUGUAGUCACUGUCUCUUUUCUUUUCACAUGUAUGCACAUGUGCAUGCAUACACAGAUGCACUUUACAAACUGCAAAGUCAAAUUGCAUGCAGUGCCAAGGCUUAUUUCUCUGAACUGACUCUAUGUUCUGAUAGGUCAGUUGUUCCAACUCCACUGCUAUAGGUUUGAUCACCAUGAUUUGUUCAGAUACCACCAUUUAGUGUGGUUGGCCUUCUUAACUGCACAGCAGUGGUCAACUGUAAAGAAAAAGUAAUUGCCAGCCUGUUAAUCUUAAAGAAUCCUGUUUCUUAACAGAAUAGUGACUUUAUGUCAUGCAGAGAUGGGGGGAAUGGAUGGAGAAGACUGACAGGCAGAUGAAUUUCACACAUCUUUGUUCAUUCCAUUUUAGGUCAGCAGAUACCUAGUUUGCCAAUGUUGAUUGUUAACAAUGUGGAGUCUAGUAAAUCCACAAAGAAUGGGACAGGAAUGAUUUUAUUCUGCCUUCUGACAAAUGAUGACAACCUGACAUGAUAUGAAAUUGAGCAGCAUAUUUUAAAUAUGAAAAAUUUAAUGCAUGAGGGCAAGACAGGCUUCACAAGAAACGUCAUUUCAUACAGAGGCAAUAAGUAAAAAUUACAAGAAAAAACUUGCAGUUUGAGUCCUGUAAAAUGCUGAGCAGUAAGUGGGAGCAGUGUUACCACAGGGAAUGUAGCCAUUGAUGUGAACAUAAUGACAGGUGUUAUAAAUAUAACCACAGUGAGCCUCAGGCUCAGAUCUUUGUCUAAGACCAUUUUGUAACAAUAAUAGAUUUGGGAAUAGUUUAUUGAUGUCUUUAUAGCAAGGCUUAUGUAAAAUUUUUGCAUCAUUUGCCCUUUUGAUUGACCUAUUUCCCUGUGUUGUAACAAUGCAAGGAUGCAGCAUCAUGACCUGUGCUUGAGAAUACUUUUUUUUUAUUGAUGGCAAUUUUAACAUUAGAGUUGUCAAGUACGUUAAAGGUUGGCCCUCAGCAAUGAAGUUGUUGACAAAUUAAUGGCAGAAAAAUCAAUACUAAGCUUUAUUAUCAUUCUUACAAUAAAAUCUUUUCUUUUAAACUUAUGUUUUUUCACCUUUCAGUGUGAAUUUUAAGUGAGAUCUCAUUUGACACAAAUUCAAAUUCUCCACUUCAUUAUACGUUUUGGGCAAUGCUAAAGCAGUAUAUAUAUUUAAAAUCCAUGUGCAAUGAAGUAUGAGAAAUUUUCUCAGUUUAGAAAAGAUUCAACAUGCUGGUUAGCAUCAUUUUCAUCAUUGUUCUUAGCUUGACAUAAAGUGGAGGAAGUGUAAUAGUUCUUUUGGACACAUUUUCUCAUUUCAUGAUUUUCUUUAGCUCACACUGCCUCCUACUCUAAUUUGUCCACAACCUCUACAUUUCUAAUUAGGUUUUUAAAAAUAUAUGUGUGGUCAUGCAUUCUUUCUGAGAUCGACUGAGACAACCUUUUGUCCAGUUGGGCGGUGGUAACAUGAAGAAACUCUUUACCAUACUACUUAUUUGAGCCAUGUCAUGUCACACCAUGGCAUAAUGUCAUUGAACUUAAUAGGAUUGGAUGGCCUAGAUAGAUGUUAAUGUGUGGUACAUUUCCAUAACAGCAUCUGCUUUGUGAAAGUCAGCAAUUUGGAAAAGGAUGAAGGAAGAAACUCUACUGUUGGCAUAUCUGAUACAGGAGGCUGUUAAUUGUUCAUGUAUGUUGCUGUGCAUUGUCUAAGAAAGGUCAAACUGCACCUUUUCAUCAAUGUGAUACCCAUUUCUCAAUUUCAUACUCUAGUUCAGAUAAGUGAUUUAUUGUCAUAAUAUGCUGAUCUUUGUGUGUUUCCCACCUUUGUUGUCAGCUCCCGACAAAUAUUAACAUGAAAAGAGGAAGAUCAGUUGCCAGUAGCCACCUUUGUGGUGAGUUACCAAUUGAAUGCUUUUGAAAAGGUGAAUCACGAACAAUGAACUGGAUCAUUGUGCAGAUGACUAUCUGUUGAAUUAUUGAAUUAAGAGUUAUAUCUAAGUACUUUUAUAAUAGAAAGAAAGGCUGGGUGCAAUAGCCAUCAUCUUCCUUGAUGUUUAUACUGAUGUUUUGUCUUACCCCUCACUUCCCACUGUGAGGGGCUGUUCUCUUCUCUUAAUGUUCAACCCACUCCCACAUUGUCGUUAUCAUCGUUAAUGUUGGAAAUGUGAUAAUUUAUGUUUCUACUUCUGAUUUGAAACUGGUUAGGAGAAAAUCGUGAUCAAACAGAACCCUGAGAAAAAUGUUAUAGUGAUCAUCAUCUUUCUCAGAAGUUGUCUUUUCUGUAAUUGUACCUGUGCAGAAAUGCAUGUUGUCUGCAGUCAACUGGGCCAUCGGGCACCAUUUUCUAUGUUUGUUCAUGUGUUGGUAUUAUUUAUAAAUCAUAACAGAGUGCCAUUAUUGGCAAAAGGCUCUUUCUAUAUCUUUGCACAAUAUGUCUGUGUUUUAAUCUCACCUUCAUUCAUCCUUGUACUCCUUUUUUAAUCCCUCUUCCCCCAGUUCUCUCUCAUAUCAACUGAAAAAAGCUGUUUGUGAUAGAAAAAGCAUGAUAGAAAUAAUGUGGCUGGGUUAUUUUAUUGUCUAUAUGUAAAUGUAAUAUAUAUAUAUGUAUUCUAGGUUUGAAUGAUGCCCCAGAAGUGUAGAGUAUGUCUGGUUAGUAGUUUUUGUUUUGGGGGUUGUUUUUUGUUUUUGUUUUUUUUUGUUUGUUUUUUUUGGCUGGGAGGAAGGAGAAAGGUUGUCUACAUUUACACAUGUGAGGGUGUGUGCAGAAAUUUUCAUGGUUGUGUGUGUGUGUGUGCAUGUAUGCAUACAUAAAUGCUUGCACAUGCAUUCUUCUCAGUGCAUGUGUUGCCGCCAUUUCAACCAUCAGACUUUUUCCUCUACAGAUCUAGCACCAUCAAUCAGAGCUCUGACUGUACAUUGCUUUCUUUGCCUUAUCCCCCUCCCUCCACCUUGUUCUUGAUAACUCUUCAUCUUUUUUCUAUUUCCUUUUUCUUUUAAUAAAAAAAAACAACCUUAUUCCUUUCACUCACCAGGAAGAUGUAAUGGAUGAGUCCUCAUGUGCUUUGUGUAGCGAUGUUUGUAGUCAUUACGGGUAUUCAAGUGUAGGAAAAGUCUGAUUUGCUAGACGUGUCUGCUUGGCAUUUUGUAUUUUUUAAAAAAGUACAAACUGAAGAGAAACAUGUCCUUUACCUGUCAGGGGAAAUGGUGAUACUUGACCAUUUUCUCUCUGUAUUGGCCCCUGAUUGAUUACAGCAAACUUUUGUUUUAGUUUGUGAGAUUGUGUGUGGAGGGUAGGGCAGGUGAUUGGAUUAGACAUUUUUGGUGCCAGGAAAGUGCAUUGAUAUUAACACGCAGUACACAAUUAUCCUAAACACUACAGUUGGGUAGCUUAAUAUGUGGAUUUGUUUUAGGGAAGGCCAGCAUUUGACCAGACUUUUGCCUUGGUAUUGGAAUGUUGGAACUAAUGAGUUAUAUAGAAUACCAUAUUUCUUUCUUUUUUACUGUAUUUUUAAAGGUAGUCCUAAGAUUCUUUGUUGGGACAUUCAUGAAAUUCAAGCCCUUCUGUUUGGGUGUGAUAUUUUCCUUGAUAUUUCAUCUUUUAAAAAAAAUAUAAUGUCGAAUGUUUAGUACUGUAUUUUUUUUUUUUUUUUGUCAGAAGCUCCAGUGAUUUACUGUGACUGACUGUGGAAAGUGCAAUGACUAGAUAUCUUGUCAGUCACGCAUUUAUGUGCUUAAACUAGACUGAUACAUAUAUUCUAGACAGACUGCUAUUUUUUGCUGUUCAGCUUAGCAGAUUCUGAGAAAGCCUGACAUUGGUACUUGAACAUAAGUUCUGGUAAUAAUAAUAGUGCACUUACAGUGCCUGUUAGAGUUUUGCCUGCUCCUCUUUUUUUUUUGUUUUUAAUUUCAUGAAACUGUAAUAUUCCAAAAAGUAACAUAGGUGCUUCAAAAGUGUACAGGAACUGUUCAGAGAAAAACUGUCAUAUCAAGGCCAUUGCAUGGAAUAAAGUUGUAGUUAUUAGAAUCCACCGUUGUGGAGCUGGAGCCAACAUGAUUUCCAUGUGAGGUUUUUUUUGGUCAGUUUAUGUAUGGGUUGUAAACCCACAUUUUGGCAAUGAUAGACUUCUAACGAUGUCAUUUACAUAGCAGUGUGCCAUGAGAAAGAUUCUUUUUGACACUGAGUUGUGAGGUCUAGUCCUGGCACCAUCAUCUAGUCAUUCACAAACAUUUCGUUCGGCAUCUCUUGAUUUUCAAACCAAAGAGUAUACUUGCUGGACCUUGUUUGUACUUCAAAUUUUCAAAGUAAGAUCUUGUUUUCAAGGGAGAACAAAACACGAAAAAAGCUUCCUCAGUCCUGUAGGUCACUUUUGACCUGAUUAAAAGCAGAAACCUAAAAUGGAGAUUUUUAGAUAAUGUAGUAAGAAACAGAAAUUCGUGGGCAGUGCUAAAGUAAACCAGAAGCCAAUCUAGUCUCUAAAACUAGUGGAUGCUAGUAUGCUUAUCAUCAUGCGUAAUUCAAACUGUCAGACGGCAAAGAAUGAAAGCUUAAGAGCUGCAUGCAAGAGUCACCUUGAACCUGUAGAAAGAGACCUUUUGGGAGAUAAAAUGAAGACCAUUCUCACAGUACUCUGUUAGUAAUCUGGAUGGUUAUCUGCUAAGCAGGACUAAAAUACUUUGUGUGUUUGUGUGCACAUCUAUUUACAAGAGUACAAGAGAAAGCUUUUGUAUAUCAGAAGGCGUUAUUGCAUGAAGUGUGCAGCAACUUUGGCUAUGUUCUGUACAACUAUUCUCUUUUCCCGUUGGACUGUGAAGGACAUUUAGUUAUACUUUAGUCAGAGAGCUUCACACUGUGUAGAUGUCUCAGUCUGUACUAUUUUUAAACAGAAAGGGGCAACCAUUUUAUUCAUUACGGGACAAGUGCAUCUCAAAGAUAUAAUUUAAAAUUUAAAAAAAAAUUUAAAGGUACUAUAAAUUUGUCUGAAUUGGGGUGAAUAAAAUAAGGAAGGCAAAGUGCUUCAGCCAGCAUGUUGAAGAUUUAUCUAUUAGCAAUUUGCUAUGAACACAUAGCAGAAGCAUAGAGGAAUAAGGAAAUAUGUCACAAUGAAGAUGUCAGCAGUAAUCUGUUUCUAGCUCUCUGCAGUUAGGCUGUCUUUUUGGAAAAAAUUCUGUUAGCACAAAUUCUCAUUUUCACCUUGUUAAGAGAGUAGGAGAGCAGUCCGUAAAACUAUCAUUAAUUAACAAAUCUGUCGGUAAUCUUGAAAACAGGCUGUUCACACUUUGGGUUGUGACCAACAUUUGCUUUAGCUUUUUUAUUUAUUCUUUUUUUUUUUUUUUUUUUUAAACAAUAAUCCAUAUGGUAAUUUGCCUUGUAGAUUGUGGAAAGGUAUGUGCACUGUACAGUUUAAAACAGAUGAAUGCUUUUAGUAUAACACCAUUGACGGCAACAUCUAUAAAUUAUUAUGGAAGUAGUGUGCAACUAAUGGAUUGCUUUCUUCCAAUACAGAGCUGUUAGCUUGUGGUCACACUGAUGAUACUGCCAUCAUAUUUGAAAAUUAUCCUGAAACAAGUAAUAUUUACAAGGCUUUAAAAAAAAAACAGGACUGCCAAUAAAUUUGUAGUCUUAAACUAAAUAAGCUGUGAAAUAUGGUUUUGUCAUGUAUGGCAUGAUCUGUUCUUAUCAGAGAGAGAAGUUUCUGGUCAUUGUAAUUUUUAUAUUUCAUGGAUGCAAACUGUACAGUGCAACUAUCAUUUGGCCAGACAAAUUCUCAUCUUGAUUAUUGUUUGCAUCUCUACUUGAGCUAUUAAAAUUUCCUGAAAAACGUAACCACCUACAUUUUUGUAUGAUGAACUCGCUGGCAAGUAUCAGCUGGAACUUACAGGGAAAGUGAAAGUCAGAAGUUAUUGGUUAGAGAUCAUUGUUUCAUUUUUUUUUUACCCCCCAUAAGAAAUGCCAGCAAAAUUUUACGUUUUUUUUUUGGAAUCUAUCGCUAAGUAACUGAUGUAGAUGGAGCAUAAUAGCUAUAAGUAAAGGAUCUUGGCUGAUCAUUACAAAACUUUUUGUUGCUCGUUUCAUGUAUAUUUGGUAAGCAUAAAUCUAGGCUUUCUUCUUUGCCUCCUCAUCCAUAAAUUAGGACUAGGCUGAAGUAUCUCUUUGUAACUAGUAGUUUUCCAUUGUUUUAAACGUAAUUUGUAUAGCUUAAUUUCAAUUACUACCUGAGAGGAUUUCAAUAUUAUUGGCCAAUGCCAGUAUCUGAGCCAAUACAGUCUGUUUUGACUAAAGGUAAGGAUCCGAGAGAGAAAGUAUGUGUGAGAGAAAGAGAGAUGUCAGUGAAAAAAAGAAAAACCUUGCAAAUCAUAAAUAUGCACAGGGAGAAACUCUGGUUUGUCAGUGUGAGUCUUUAGGGCUUGUUGUAUUAGUCAAUGUUAUCUGGGCUUGAUAUAUGUUAACGUGGGUUUGCAUGGCAAAUUCAAAAAAUUUGUGAAGGCUAAAUGUCUUAAUUUGAAAGUCUUUAGAAAAGGUUUUCAUUAACUCUGGCUGUUUUGCUCUGUCAUGUUUGAUUUUUUUCUGUAGGUAUUCAUUUGCAUCAAACUUGGCUUUAUACAGGACAAAAAAAUGUAGGACUCAAAAUUAGUAGCAAGACUGGAUCUUUAAUAAACUAUUAUACCAUAUGUCCUGUUAAAACAAACAAAAAAAGUUUGGUUCUCACCCCUCCCCUCUUUUUGUUUUUUUUUGUUUGUUUUGGUCUUUUGUUGUUGUUGGGUUUGUUGUUUUUUUUUGGGGGGUGGGUGUCAGCAUCUGAAGAACAAAUCUGUCUUGCUGAUCAUGUGUGACUUGUAUUCAAACAUAAUUUUUUCUAAAUAACAGCCAAACAUUCUUGUGCAUGGCAGGAUGUUCUUGUGGUAAGAUUCUGCGUGUGGUUUGGUUUUCUUCCCCCCUUCAUGCAGGGUAGUGGUGUGUUGAGGACUUUAUGAAGUGAUUGUAUUUUGUUACAUAAUGCUGCCAAGUAAUUCCCUUCUGGAGUUAAGUUCAGAAUAAUCUAGUCCUUUUCAGCAUUUCACCAUCAUUAGAUGGUCACCAGGUGAUGACCAUAGCUAUCAAGGUUGUAACCAUUUUCCAAAUCCACAGUAAUCACAUUAUUUGUCAGUGUUUUCCCAAAGUCAUUAUGCAACAUUUCAUUUUGUCUCCCCAUGGUGUGACACUAGAUAGAAUGCUGGUUUUAAUUUAUUAUGCCGAUCAGAUUUUGUUUUUGAUUUUAGAAGACAUGAUUAGUAUUGUGUGCAUUUGGUUCUAGAGUAUUGUGAAUGAACUAGCAGUUUUGAUGAACAGUGAUAUGGUACGUGAUUUUAACAUUUGUAAAAUUAAACGAAGAUUGGGUUGGGUGAGAGAAAUUUCUUCAUGAGGGUAAAUUGGCAUGCCACUUCAUGUCCAAAGUUGCAGCAAAUAAUCAAAAUUGAGAGAUUUUUAAUGCAUGGUAUUUUUUAUAAGCUAUGAUACAAGUGCACUAUCCAUAGUCAAGGUAUGCUCACUUACCAAAGGCAGGGCUAUGGUUGGCUUGAGGGACAGCAAAGAAGCUAUGGCUACCUCCAUCAGUUCCUUUACUGUUGUAGAACUGAUAGGGGGAAAAGAAAAAAAGUGUCAUGAUUCAAAAGAGGAACUUGACAAUGAGGGUAUUUCACUAAUUACAAGCAUCUAGCAGUCAGUGUGAAGUAUAACUAAUAUGGUAUGUGUGAUGCUUACACUUUCCCAUCAAAAGAUUGUCUUUUGUCAGAAGCUCCUAGAAGAAGGCCCCUAUACCUUCUCAGAGAGGAGAGUCGGUCUAAAUAAACCAGAAUGUGCUAGCAUUUAGCAGGAAAGCGCCAAAUGUAGAAUUACUUGAAAGACCUUUAUGUUCAUCACUUUUGUAUCAUGUUCAGGCAACCAUUUGAUCAUUUGCUCCUCAUGUAUUAUUCCCUACUCACCUGGUCAGUAAGAUGUUUCAAUGAUAAGCUUUCAUCAUCAUCUAUUUAAGUCGCACUAGCAUCUCCCAAGAUGAGCAUUUACAUCAAGUCAUUGUACAUGUUUUUAUUGCCAUGUGAACAUGCCAGGUUUUGAAGGUUGAGAGGGAGAAUUGUGUGUGUGUGUGAGAGAGUCUCUCUGUCUCUCAUUUUUGCCAGUCUAUAUAUUCAUGCUUUUCUUUUGUCAGAUACUGAAUAUUUAGGAGGAUUUUUACCCAUUUUUAAAAGGCAAUGAAAAUGCUGGCUUUAAAUCAUUACAGAACAGUUAUUGUAUACAAGGCAUUUUCUGGUACCCAAAUAUGUUUUGGUGUUACCAGCUUUUAGUUAAAACCUAAUAUUAAAGAGAAAACGGAGGGUUUCAGUUUAUUGUUAUUAGAAGUGCAUGACACAUUAGUUUUUUUUUAAGGGGUGGGUUAAGUAAACAAGAAAAAGGUGAAAGAAAGAUAAUACCUGUAAAUUUCCAGUCCGAACAAGUCAGUAGAUAGUUACACCGAAAGUAAUCCUUUGGGGAGGUGUGAAUAAAUCCAUUGAAAUUACUAUAAUUAUUUUUACUUUAUUAUUGAUGACUAAAUGUGAUAUGUACUGGCUUGUGUGUCAUUUGACAAGAAAAUGAGUAACACAUCUACAGCUCUGUUGCUUUUAGUUUUUUUUUUUUGUUUGUUUGGUUUUUUUUGGUAUUGAUACGUGACUGUACAUGCUCAUUUGGCUGUAUAUUUCAUACUUUAUGUUUUAGUUAUAGAAAAAAUACACAACUUGGCUGUUGAAGAAAAAAAUAAAUCUCCUGAAAAAAAG